AUGGCCUCUCUACACGAUGCGCUCCGCUGUCUCCAGCCGACGAAGUGGGAUUCAGUCCCCAAAUCCCCCGAAGAACUACGGGAGUACGUUCGAGAUAUCUUCAAAAGCAGUCGUCUAGUAGCAGAGUCCCUUCCAGAUCCCCCACCCUACGAGAAUGGAGUGCAAAACACCCCGAAUGCCUCAUCCUCCGCCCGUGUCGUCCCUUCAUCCGUACGAGUUGGCGAGACCGAUCCCGAAAUUAUACCUCUACAGAAACAAUGGGGCAAGCCGAUAAAGAUGGGAGGCCCGAAAGACAACCCUCUCGGUGUACACGUUUGGAAAGUCUCCGCUAAUGACGGGGGCGGCUCAUGGUUCGGAAGACGGAGUAUACAUGAAGGAAUGUCAUUUACACGAUGGCAAGAGAAGCUUUCAUCGGAGUACGAUGAGACCUUGAAGGCCAAUAGGAAGAAGAUUGAAAAAGGUCGCACUCCCGAUGAGAGUAUUCGUGGAAUUGGAGCUGAGGAAAAGGUGGAGACGAUGGAGGUCAAGGACGAAGACGAUACUGUGAUUGCUCAAAUAACGGUCUACCAUGUCUCCGCGCAGUUUCCAAAACCUACAGCACCACGAGACUUUGUGGCGAUGAUAAUUACGUCUGAUUUGGGGUUGCGGAUCGGUGGGACUCAACAGCCUGGUCGGAGUUGGUUGAUGAUUUCCAAACCUUGUGAUCAUCCCGAUGUACCACCCAAGCAAGGUUAUACCAGGGGUAACUAUGAGUCGGUUGAACUCAUCCGUGAGAUCCCGAGGAAAAGUCUCUCUAUGAGUAGCAGUAGCUCUGCUGCGAGCACAACCGGUGGGAACAAGACCGAGACCAGCGAGAAAAGUGAGACUACAGACCAGCAAUCUCAAAACCAGGACGAGGAUUUGAACCCAGUUGAAUGGAUCAUGGUUACGAGGAGUGACCCCGGUGGCAGCAUUCCAAGAUGGAUGGUUGACAAAGGCACCCCGAGAAGUGUAGGAGCCGAUGCCGCCAAGUUUGUUGAUUGGGCUAUGCAAACAGACGGUCCUAAUGAGGAACCCAUCAAUUCACAAGAUGAGGAUAAUCAAGAGGCUGAUUGUCCCAACUCGGUUCCCGAGGAAUCAACCAAGAAACCCGACUGCGACGGUGAUGACAAUAAUGAUGAACAAGAAAGUGAUGAUUCAGACUAUGACCUAAGUGACUCGGACACUGUCUCCCAUCACGGACUUAUCGCCAGCGUCACUGGCCUGAUCAACUCCAGCAUUGAGCGUUACGCUCCACGCUCAGUCUAUGGUUAUAUGCCACGUAACAGAGAACCACCCCGAUCUGUUCCAGGAGCAUUCGACAUGAAUGAGGAGAGCACAGACGAGAUGGAAGCUCAAAGUACCAAAUCAUCUACCGAAAAAUACAAUCACGAUGCUCAAUCAAGCACUGAAAAAGAGCCCGAACGAGCCUCUUUAGCUUCCGGAUGCUCUGAGACGGCAACACCGAUCGUUGAUGAAGUCGUCCAAAACAAUGCCACACCAGCAGAGUUAAUGGAACUGACAAAGAACGGAAAACUCACAUCCAACGAAAAAGACCUAGCAAAGCUAGCGCUUCGGAAACGGGAAAUCGAAUUCAAGCUAGAUACAAUUCGCGCCGAACUUGGCAAUCUUCAUAUCACAACACAAAGCGCCCCCUUAACACCAACAAAGGGUGUUCUGAAUGACGCGGACAGUGAUACAAGCGGGAUGCUUAAACGAGCUGCCGAAAACCGUUCCGCAACGCCGAACAGUGGCUCCAAACAAAGUAGCAGUAGCGAUGGGCAGAAUGGGUCUCAGUCUCUGACCCCAACGCCUGAACUGCCGUCCCAUAGGCACAAGGCCACUUCGCAGCUUUUAAAUGAGGAAUCGAAGCUACUGAAGCAGCUCCGCAAGGUCGAGGCUAGUCAGAUUAAAGUUGCCUCGAAAAUUGAGGCGCGUCAGCGAAAAGAUGCCCAGCGGUCGGAGAAGACUAAGACUAGAUCUGAGGUUGAAAGUUUACGACAGGAGGUAAAGGAUUUGAAGAAAGAAGUUGGGAAGUUACGCACUGAGCGACAGAAAUGGGUGGAUCUUGUUGCUUCUUUACAGGCGGAGAAUACGAAGUUGGUUGCAAAGAACUCGAAAGAAGAGUCUAGUGGUUGA